UUCAAUCUCGCAGCGAUCUACACAGCUGGAGAUUCGUCGACAUGGACGCAGAAGAAAACUUUGAACGAAAUUGGAAGGCAUUCCUGGUUCGUGUGGGUCAUGACCCCGAGCGGUUCGAGAAGGACAUUCUACGCAGGCGGCUCUUGAUGGAGCGUGCGGCAGAUCGGGCGGAGAUGCGAGAGUUGUUGUGUGCGAAGUUGUCCAAGUGCAAGUCCACCAGCGCUCUAAGCGACGUCAAGGACGUCGACUCGCGCGAGUCCCAACAGCUCUUCGCACGGAAACGCUCUGAGACGAUGGGCUCGGGACGUGGCUUCGUCUGCUCCCCACAGAGCAACCUGACUCCUUCGACCGCCUCAACUUCCUGGACCUGCGUUGUACUUCGAUGCGAGCAGCAGGUCGUAUGCCUAUAGGCUUUGGAGGGCUGUCGACGCGUCGACGCCGAGGAUUCAUCCAUGGGGUCCGCCAAGCAGUUGCUGCGAUCUCUUCGGCCUUGUGCCGAUAGCGAUUGCUUUGGCCUCUGGUUUUCACAGUCUGUUAAAAAAAAUGUGGCUGAAAGAAGGUUGGAGAAUGUUGAAAUGUCCCCAAUGGAUUCCCAAAACAUCAGCUAUGGGUCCACGCUUU